GAGAGGGAAACCGAGAAAGACGUUGGGAGAUGAUGCAGCAGGACGAGUCAAACUCUCCAGUCUCCCCCGCCGACGACAGCUUGAGCAACAGCGAAGAGGAGCCGGACCGGCAGCAGCUGCCCAACAACAAGAGAGGGGGGCGCAAGCGCCGCUCCAGCCGCCGCAGCGCCGGCGGCGCCGUCGGGGCCGCGGACGAGCCCUGCAGCCCGGCCCAAGGCAAGCGGGGCAAGAAGUGCGGGGCGGGCGGGGGCGGCGGGGGCGGCGGCAGCAGCAGCGGCGGCGGCAGCCCCCAGUCCUACGAGGAGCUGCAGACCCAGAGGGUCAUGGCCAACGUGCGGGAGCGGCAGCGCACGCAGUCGCUGAACGAAGCCUUCGCCGCACUGCGGAAGAUCAUCCCCACUCUGCCCUCGGACAAGCUGAGCAAGAUCCAGACCCUCAAGCUGGCGGCCAGGUACAUCGACUUCCUCUACCAGGUCUUACAGAGCGACGAGCUGGACUCCAAGAUGGCAAGCUGCAGCUAUGUGGCCCACGAGCGGCUCAGCUACGCCUUCUCGGUGUGGAGAAUGGAGGGCGCCUGGUCCAUGUCCGCAUCCCACUAGCAGGCGGCGUCCCCCACCCGCAUCCCCCCGGCAGGAGCCCUAGAUGACAUUGUUCCCACAGAAGGAGAAAAUGGACAAUCUAGAGACUCUGAAGUUGGAUACGAUUUUUUUUUUUUUUUGGUCUUGUUUAACAAAAAAUGUACCAAGGAUUUCUUGGAAAUUAGAAGAGCAAUAUGCAAAUUCUAAGCAGGGCGUGGGGAGCACUUAAGGAAAGAGAAAGAGACAAGGGCUUUGGACAGUGACUACCCUUUGGGCGUCGGUACAGUACACACAUCUCUGCAUUCUGAUAGAAGUCUGAAUCGUUCGAUUAUUUUUUUUUUAAUUUUUGACGAAGAAUGUUGGAAUUGAACUUUUUUUUAUUUUAUUUGCCCUUUUUUUUUGCAUGCAUUCCCAAGAGGUCGUGCUUAUGAGCCACUGAUUAAAGGAAAUACAUUAUUGAGGACUUUCUUCAUUCUUGAAUGAAACCAACCAGAAAACCAAAAAUAUCCCUGUAGAGAUGAAAACUUUUUUUUUUUUUUUUUAGGGGGGAAUAAGCUGGGCUCAAGCUGUUAUACACCCUGUUCCUAACUUUUUUAUUAUUAUUAUUUUUCCUCUGAGAAAAAAAAAUAAACAUUUUAUUUAUUUAUUGAUG